AUGGCGUCACAAAUCAACAGCGCUGCCGCACCCGCCGCCACUGCUAAGGCCAAGCGCUUCGAGCUCCCCGCCCUGGAUCUCAAGUUCGGCUCCCUAACGGACGGUACCGACAUCCCCCCACCGCCGCCAUCGCCGAUACAGGAGGAAGCCGCCUCAACCCCGCCAGACACGCCAAAUGGUGCGCAGUCGAAGCUGGGAGCGAAGGCGGCUGCCAAUGGAAAGUCGAACACCGUAUCACCGAAUUCCCAGCCGUCGAGCAUCUUAACGGCGGGUACCAAACGACGCGCCGAAGACGGCCCCGCAUCUCCUACCUUGUCGAACCGACCGGGGAGCAUCCGGCGUCUGUUCAGCCGGAAUCUUUUGAAUACGGCGUACAACACAAACGAAAGCGCCCAGGACGGACGGCCCCAAAGUCGCAGCGGCGCCAGCGCCGCGGACUCUCGGAAAGCAAGACGAUCCAGCGGCUGGUUCGGCCGGCUACGCAACACCGAACCUGCUCCCAGUAAACCGGUAACGCCCCUUUCGCCGCCAGCCACGGAUGAGAAGAAGCCGACGGGCCCGCCCCCGCCCAUGAUCCCCGAGCUGAAGGAGCUAAACAUGAAAUUGGCCUGCGCUUCGGCCGAACCUCCUUUAAGUCGCCAGGUGUCGCGCCCCCUUGUUGGCACAAGCUUCACCACCCACCUCUCAUCCCCCCUCACCUCCCCCACCCCCUCCACCCGCCGCCACAAAUCCGGCCCCUACGGCUACACCCAAGCCAAGACCCUCGUCUUCUCGCGCUUCGGCGAGCCGUCCGACGUCCUGCACCUGCACAGCCACUCCAUCUCCCCCCAACUCCCCGCCGGCGCCGUGCUCCUGCGCACCCUCGCCGCCCCCGUCAACCCGGCCGACGUCAACACCAUCCAGGGCACGUACGGCGUCCGGCCGGCGUUCUCGCCGCUGCUGGGCACGCCGGAGCCGGCAGCGGUGCCGGGGAAUGAGGGCUGUUUUGAGGUGGUGGCCGUGGGGGAGAAGCUGGGGCGACUGUGGGGGCUGAGGAGUAUUAAUGUGGUGCGGGAGCGGGCGACGCCAGAGGAGACGGAAGCGUUGAAGAGCGAGCUGAAGGAGUUGGGGGCGACGGUGGUGGUGACGGAGACCGAGUUCCUCGAUCGGUCGUUCUCGGCGCGGCUGAAGGAGGAGUGGACGCGGGGCGGCAAGGAGCCCGUGAUGCUGGGGCUGAACUGUGUUGGUGGCAAAUCGGCUUCGGCUAUGGUGAAGGCGCUGAGCCCCAAGGGCUGCAUGGUUACAUAUGGCGGCAUGUCGAGGCAGAGCUUCCCGUUCCCGACGGGGCCGCAGAUCUUCAAGCGGUUGCGGUUCGAAGGCUUCUGGCUGAGCGAGUGGAACAAGGAGAACCCGGCCGAGAGGCGCAACACGGUCAACGAGAUUCUGGACCUGAUGCGUGAAGGCAAGUUCAAGGAGUCGCCGUUCAAGGAGGUGGAGUGGAACUGGGACACCGAGGAGAACGUGCUCAAGGAUGCAAUCCAAGGAACCCUAGAGGGCUUCCGAGGCGGUAAGGGUUUGUUUGUGUUCGGGGAGACAUAG